UUCAGCUUAGUUCUUGCCUUGAUGUCUUGGAGACAGCUGCGCUACCAUCCGCUUCGCUAUUUCCCCCAACUCUGAGAACUGCACGCAGUUAAGUAGGCUAGGCUAAACACCGAGUCUCCCAUCAGCAUAUAGGCUCUCCAACAAAUCAGUUCAAGUCUUCAGGACUAAGGAAGCAUUCGAUCAUACAGUAGCUAUAUACAGCUCACUCGGGAUGGCUGUUCGUGCGCUCCUUUGUACCAGAGAACAUCUUUUCGUGUACUAAGUAAAAAGAGUCGGCGAAAUUGACAAGUUUGUCUGUUUCUGGAGUUGAGACAAGAUUUUUCUUUUUUUGCCUAAUUUUCCCAUUUCGUUUUUCUUAUCGCAUUGACUGCUGACGGAUUGCCUCCGCGCAAUGUCAAGAAUUGGAUUACACCCGAAAAUACUGCUGUUGCAAUGUCUUCUCUCGACUUUUGUGUUUCAUACGCUUGCAUAUACGGAGGAGCCUACAGAUAAAGCGGCGAAGUCGGAUGGGUAUUGCAGCAGCAUUUUAAGGGCGCAGGGCACAAGAAGGGAAGGCUAUAACGAGUUUAGACUCAGGGUGGAGGGGGAUCCGGAAUUUUACCAACCUGGAAGCACCUACAGAGUGACUUUGUACACAUCCAGCCCUUCUCAUUUUAGAGGCUUUACGCUAAUUGCCUUGAAGGAGGGAAAGGGUGGUGAAAGAGAUGAAGAUUAUGCCGGAAGUUUUCAGAUCAUAGAUGCAGAGGACACACAGUUUAUGACCAACUGCCCUCCAGCAGUGACUCAGAGUACUCUAAGGAGAAGGACAAGGAUACAAGUGUUUUGGACAGCACCCCCUUCUGGCAGUGGCUGUGUCAUUCUCAAGGCAAGCAUUGUGCAGAAGAGAAUCAUUUAUUUCCAGGAUGAAGGCUCCCUCACUUACAAGAUGUGUGAGAAAGACCUGUUGUUCUCGGAGGCAACACAGAGACCCCAGUCGGAGUGCUGUGCCUGUGGGACAGCCAAGUAUAGAGUCACAUUCUUUGGGAACUGGUCAGAGAAGGUCCACCCGAAAGACUACCCCAGGCGUGCCAAUCAUUGGUCCGCCAUCAUUGGAGCGUCCCACUCGAAGGACUACAUACCUUGGGAGUACGGGGGCUAUGCCAGCGAGGGGGUGAAGCAGGUGGCUGAGCUGGGAUCUCCUGUUAAAAUGGAGGAGGAGAUUCGCCAGAAGGGUGACGACGUCCUGACGGUGAUCAAAGCGAAGGCUCAGUGGCCUGCAUGGCAGCCCUUGAACGUGCGGUCAGCCCCCUCAGCGGAGUUCUCAGUGGACCGGACGCGCCACUUCAUGUCCUUCCUCACCAUGCUGGGCCCCAGCCCCGACUGGAACGUGGGCCUCUCAGCCGAGGACCUCUGCACCAAAGAGUGCGGGUGGGUCCAGAACCUGGUGCAGGACCUGAUCCCCUGGGAUGCUGGCACUGACAGUGGGGUCACCUAUGAGUCUCCCAACAAGCCCACAAUUCCCCAGGAGAGGAUCCGGCCCCUCACCAGCCUGGACCACCCCCAGAGCCCUUUCUAUGACCCCGAAGGUGGCCCCGUCACAGCUAUUGCAAGGGUGGUGGUGGAGAGGAUUGCCAGAAAGGGAGAGCAGUGCAAUAUCGUCCCCGAUAACGUGGAUGAUAUUGUGGCUGAUAUUGGCCUGGAGGAGAAGGAGAAAGAUGACACCCCAGAGACCUGUAUCUACUCCAACUGGUCCCCUUGGUCGGCCUGUAGCUCUGCCACCUGUGACAAGGGCAAGCGCAUGAGGCAGAGGAUGCUGAAGGCCCAGCUGGACCUCACCGUACCCUGCCCACACACACAGGACUUCCAGCCCUGCAUGGGGCCUGGCUGCAGUGAAGAAGAGUCCUCCACCUGCAUGAUGUCAGAGUGGAUCAGCUGGUCGCCCUGCAGUGUGUCCUGUGGGAUGGGCAUGAGGUCCCGGGAGAGGUAUAUCAAGCAGUUCCCAGAAGACGGCUCCAUCUGCUCCCUCCCUACCGAGGAGACCGAGAAAUGCAUCGUCAACGAAGACUGCUCCCCCAGCAGCUGCCUGGUAACUGAGUGGGGCGAGUGGGAUGCCUGCAGCGCCACCUGUGGGCUGGGCAUGAAGAGGCGGGAGCGCAUGGUGAAGAUGCCCCCGUCGGACGGCUCCCUUUGCAAUGUGGAGGUGGUGGAGGUGGAAAAGUGCAUGAUGCCAGAGUGUCACACCAUCCCCUGCAUGCUGUCUCCCUGGUUGGAGUGGAGCGACUGCAGCGUGACAUGCGGCGUGGGCAUGCGGACGCGCCAGAGGAUGCUCAAGUCGCCCGCUGGGCUGGGGGAGUGCACGGAGGAGCUGGAGCAAGUGGAGAAGUGCAUGAUGCCAGAGUGUCCCACAGACUGCAUGGUGUCAGAGUGGUCCGAGUGGUCCGAGUGCAACAAGUCUUGCGGGAAGGGUCACAUGAUCCGGACGCGGAUGAUCAAGUUGGAGCCACAGUUCGGGGGCGCCGCGUGCCCCGUCACGGUGCAGAGGAGGAAGUGCAAGCUCCGAAAGUGCGCGCGAGGACCCAAGGAGCCCCGGGAGAAACGGAGGAGCAAACAGAACCAGGACCAGACUGCCGAGGAGCACCCCGGGUGUAAGAUGCGCCCGUGGUCGGACUGGACGGACUGCUCCAAGCUGUGCGGCGGGGGGGUCCAGGAGCGCUGGAUGACGGUGAAGAAGAGGCCGAAGGGCCCGCAGGCGGCCAACUGCAAGGACAGGAAGGAGAUCCGCGCCUGCAAUGUGCACCCUUGCUAGUGGCAUGUUACGGGGGUGGGGGUGGGGUGGGGGGGGGGGGGCAGGGGACUUGGGGUGGCAACACUGUGCCACAGAACAGGAUUCUUUCAGGUUAGGGCUAGGGCAAGGAAAAACGACAUCAGUCCUGCUGAAAUACAGGACGCAUUGUGGUGACAAACUCCCGCCUGGUCAUUGUGUUCGUGUACGUGGGGUGUGGGGUUUGUGUGUGUGUGGGGGGUGGGGGGUGGGGCGGGGGGGCUGUGUGGUCCCCAGUGGGACAGCAGCAACAGUAAUUAGUAUCAUAGCUGCCUUUUCAGAAGGCUCAUAUAUCACGAUGUAACCACUGAUAGACAUUACCAAUUUCAGAAGUGCACACCAACCAUUAAUAAAACACUUUAACAAUCUUUCAUUAAUUAGUUUUUCUUAUGGGUUUACUAGCACUCAAGUACUCUACUCUGUUAAAUGUCUGCUUUAGGGAAGCCACAAUGUUAUCAAGAGAGGGAAUGUGUCCUGACCUAAUCAGGGAAAGACAAGGUGUUCUGAGCGAGGUGUGUAUCCUGCUUAAGUGGCAGUCAACACUUCUUGAGUUGGAAGACAUACCAGCAGAUCUUACAUUCCGUUCUGUCAAGGGCAAAGCAUGAGAUCUGCAAUUCAAUCAGUUUACCUCCAGCCCUCUUUCUGUGCUUAAUCCUGGAUCAAAGAGUCAAGAUUCAUUUAAAAAUCAAGCAGCCACAUCGAACACUUUCUUUUUUGGCAGGGGUAGGGGGAAGGGGGUGUGGAGGGGAGUCAAUGCCUGGAGUCAAUACCCAGAAUCAAUACCCACUUGAUUUGGAAACAGCAGGUUGGAUUAAAACAGAUCUAUAAGGCAGUUCAUUUGCAUAUAGAAUUCCGGAUAGGAUCACAGUAAACUUCUUGCAGUAUUUUUAAAUAAAUUAAUAAUAAUUUUAUUAAUUUAAGCAUUCCAGUCAUUUAAUAAAUAACAUCAUAACUUUUCAAUAGUUUUAUUAUCGUCUUAAACUAAAAGCACAGAUAAUCUACCAUUCCAGUAUUUCGUAUGCCGUUUUUGGACAAAAAUCUGUUGUGACUUUAUAUUUGACUAUAAUUCACAUACAGGUUAUACAACUUUUCUUUUCUGGUCAGUUUUUUCAUUGCUAGAAUUUCCUUUUUUGUCACUUAAUUUUUUUUGGAUAAUAUCACCUGGGAUUCUUACCAAAGUCUGGUGUAGAUGUUUUGUAGAUGUCUCUUUCUGUAUCAUAUUACUAUUUUGGAAUAAAUCACCUUUACAAUAAAAGUAAAUGUGACAAAUA